AGUUCUAUUCAGAUGAUAAUUGUCUAUAAUCAUAGUUUAUAUUUUAUUUUAAAUUAAUAUUAAGAUUAUAAACCGUGUUUCGCAAUUAGUAGCGCAAUAACUCAUAAGUUAAGCUCAGUUUAAUUUUGAUCUAUACUGACUCACCAGUUAGGGAACGUUGGGCGUAAUUUGAAUACAACUGCAAGUGGCAGAGUAGGCGGCAAAACCAGUGAAGACGAGGGCUGAAAAACACGGGAAAACUGAAGUGAAGUAAUCGACGGAGAUCUGGUCGAAUCCCUGUAUCUAAUCAGUAGAUUAUUUAUUCGGAUUAUACAAUUGCGGUCCGUCAGUUCACUCGGGAAUAAAGCAACCUUUCGAGUAAUUCAAUCUCUCAGCAGUGUCCAAUGUCUUCUUUCAAAAUUUCUAGGCACCUUACUGAUGUAGCUAGUCAAGAUUUAAUCAGUAAUCUACCUACUAUUGCGAUUGAAAAAAUUCUUAAAUGUUUGGCAAUUAGAAUGGCAGUUUCUUAUGCAAAGAGUUGGUAGAAUUGAGGCUUGAGUAUUUUGUUCUCAAUCCUCCACCUCGUGACUUCAACAGUUUUGCUAAUCCUCGGAGUCUUAAGCUAGUCGAAGUUGAAUGCAAACCUGAUAUUUUUGGGCGUUUGAUUGCAAGUUGUCCGAGGCUUACACUGUUAAGACUUGAGGAAUGCAGUGGCUUGGAUCAUGUUGUUAUAGAUGUACCCAGUCUUGAAAGCUUAGUUAUCAAGGGGGCAAUUUGUUAUCUAAGUUUCAAAAAUGUUGUACGCCUUACUAACAUCUCACUGUUUUUAGAAGAUGAUGACAGUUGUAUUGGACUCUUUGAAGGAUCUUGCAACUUCAUGUGAACUUCAACAUCUUCAAUUUAGGGGUCUUUUGUGUCAGGUAAAACUCACUGAUUUUAUAAUAAUGUUUCACACUGCAGGAAAAUUAUGUGUUUUUCUUUCUGUUUUUACUUUAGUAGAUAUAUUGUGUUGGUUUCUUCAAUCAGAUAUGCUUUUUCGCUUGUCAUGCAAGUCCUUAGCUGCAGGUGGGGUUGCAAGAUCAUUUCCUCUGGCGUUUAACCACCUGAAUAAGCUUUGUUUGACACAACUUGAAUUGGGUCGUGCAGACGUAUAUUGUUUUGUUUUUGGCAUGAUUCAGAGUUGUCCCCAGGUCAAGGAUCUUGAAAUUUCAGUUAAACCAAACACUGAUGUUUUUCAGCACAAAAUUGACUUCAAUGACAACUACAAGUUGAGCCAUCUUAGUAGAGUGAAGUUUACAGGCAUUACAGGAUCAAGUGCAGAACUGAAACUCAUUGAGUACGUGCUUGCUAUUUCAGAAGCGCUUGAAAAUUUUCUCUAUAAGGGCAUGCUUGGAUUGAGGGUAAUACAUUAAGGGGGUAAUAAAAAUCAAACUAAAAAAUAUAAGGUAAUUGAAGGUGAUGAUGAGAGGAUGAAGUGGUGGCAAAGAAAAUAAGCUAGUGUUAGAAAGAAGAAAAUAAAAGAAAAGGGGAACAAAUACCCUUAUUAUGGAGGGAAUAGUUACCCACCUCCCACUAGGGUGAAUAUUACCCUCAUUUGGGGGGUAAUAACUCCCUCCCUUCCUCCCUUCUCCUCACAACACCACCACUACCACAACUUCUCAUCACAAUACCACCACACCAUCCUCCUUGCAACCACCUCAAUUCACCUUCAUUGGCCUUUUAUUAAGGUGGUUUGACUUUUAUUACCUCCAUAACCCAUUACACCCAAUCCAAGCAUGCCCUAAGUGUGGAAAUCUUGAUACCACUUCUGAGCUAGAGGUUUCAAGAGAUCUGUUGAGGCUCCGGAGAGCAUCGGCAAAGGCGCAACUUGUUUGUUUAAAGUAGUAGUAAGGUUUAAGAAUGGCCAUUUGAAUUCUGAGUAUUAUUUUUCCUUGCCUGGUAAACUAUUUAAAUGUUGUUGGUAUAUUAAUUGAAUGCAUUUGUAUUUAGUAAGAUGUUGAAUUUUCAAA